AUGGCUCUAUCUGUCACAAAAUGCAAAACAAUGCUAUUCAGCAGAAGAAGACAUAAUUCCAACAUCAACCUCAAAAUAUCAGAACAAUUUAUACCAAUAGUUAAGAAGACAAAAUAUUUCGGUGUCAUUUUGGAUAAAAAACUAAAUUGGAAAAACCAUGUGGAAUACAUGAUAACAAAAGUUAAACAACGAUUGAAUAUUCUUAGAUAUAUCAGUGGAAACAAAUGGGGAUCAAGACUGCAUAUAAUGGUUCUUCUUUAUAGAUCACUAAUUCGCUCAGUAUUUGAUUAUGCAGGCCAGCUAUAUUGUUCUGCAUCUAGGACACAAUUGACAAAACUAGAUACUAUUCAGAAUGAUGCAUUGCGUAUUUGUCUUGGAGCUAUGAAAAGCACACCGAUUGAUGCAGUACUACAUGCUAGCUCAGAAAUACUACUUACCAUACGAAGAAAACAGAUCUGCCUGAAUUAUAGAAGAAAAAUUUCAAACUCACCUCAUCUCAUUUCCGCAAAAGUUCUCUAUCAGACCUGGCACGAGGAAUAUGUAGAACAUCAAUUCACUUCGUUCGAUAAAAUCACAAGAGAAGAAUAUCGAUUGGCAACAACUGAAUCUGAAACGAAAAAAGACAUUGAGAAAUAUACCAACGUUCAGACAUUGGGAUCACACCGAGCAAUUGUCAUUGGCGAAUUGGGAUAUUUGAUUUACAUUUUGGCUAACUUUUACCCCAAAUCUUAUAUCAUGAUAAUUGCCGGCGCUCUAGUUGGAUGUGGUGAAGCCUUGGUGUGGACGACAUUACCUAUGUACUUCUGGCAUUUUGGGUAUCAACAUGGAAAUUUCGGGACCAAACCGUUUGAAUUAUAUGUUUUGAAAUAUACUGGCCUAUUUUACUCUAUGUAUCAAUUAGGUCAAAUUUUUGGCAGUUCUGUCAGCUAUGGCGUGUUAUAUGGAUUCAAGAAUAAAACACAAGAAAUCUCUACAUUGUACAAUUCAUUCUCCGAUCUUUUACAAGAAAACGAAACAGAGGCGUACCUAAAACCACACCUUCAGUAUCAAUACUGUGGAGCAAACGAUUGUCAAAGUCCAAAUAUUACCAGCGAAAACAUUGAUAGCUACGUUCCAGCCGAUUCAUACUCAUUGUAUAUCGUAAUUUCUAUAUUUUGUGCAAUGUCUCUCAGUGGAAUUUGCCUUCAGUUUAAAUUUCUCCCGAGAGCGAACUCAAAUCCACUAGAAGUUGAGUCUAAUGAUCAAGAUGUGUUGCACGAAAAGAAGAAUACCGACGAUGCAAUAAAUUCUCUAAAUAUACGAAGGCUUCGUCCAGGUUGUCGAAUUGAAGAUGGCUAUCACAGAUGUUCUUUAACUGGACAAUGUCAAAAACGAGAUGGUGUUUUCGAUGAUAGAUGCGAGAAGGAAAGGGUGAAUUGUACGGAUGAUGAAUUUACAUGCCGUGGAAUCAAUAGAUGUAUACCAAGAAUGUUACUGGGAACAAAGAAUGGUUGUCUUUUGGGAAAGAAAGGAGUCAUCACUCUUCCAUGCAGGCCCGAUGAAUUUACAUGCCGAUACAGCAGGCUAUGCCUGCCAAGGUGGGCAGUGAUGGACGGUAACGUAAAUUGCAAAACUGCCGAAGUUGAUGAUGACAGUGACGAAAUGGCAUUUCUCCAUUCUUGCAGUGACAGUGAAUUCAACUGCACUAACGGAAGAUGCAUUCCCAGAGAAUGGGUUUUUGAUAAAAAUGACGAUUGCAAAAAUGGUGAAGAUGAAAUUCAACCUUCCAGAUAUUGCAACAACGCUGAAGAGUUUCGGUGUGACAACGGACAAUGUUUAAAAAGAUAUCGUGUGAAUGACGGCCAUCCAGAUUGCGAAAAUGGUGCUGAUGAAAGAAAACAAUUGGCGGAAUGCAUAACUACGACAGAGUUUCGUUGCAAUGAUAGCGGAAGAUGUAUUCCGCGCAAUUGGGUUGGGGACGGAGUCAAAAAUUGUAAAGAUAGCAGCGAUGAAGUGAUAUUUUGGAAUCAAACUUGCUCAACAAAAGAAUUCUCUUGUCACAACGGGCGUCGAUGUAUUUUGUCUAAAUAUUUAUGUGAUGGGAUGGAUCAUUGUGGAGAUUGUAGCGAUGAAAUAGAAGGAUGCAAAGAAGCGCGUAUGGUUAGGUGUCCUCUCGACUUAUCAAUUUGCAUACCACAGUCUUACGCCUGCGAUGGAUUCCAAGAUUGUCCAAAAGGAAUCGACAACCCACAAUACAUGCCUGGUUUUAAGUGUAAAAAGACUGUCUUAGCAACAGAAGAAGAAAUGUGUAAUAUUCCUCAAUGGACAUUACAUGAUAAUCACACUAUGUGCGAAGACAAAUCAGACUUAUGUUUCAAGAAUAAUUCAUUUAAUUGCGCUCGUUGUGUAUCUGACAACAAAAUAAUAGCGAAACGUCAAAUGUGUGAUGGCGUCAUUGAUUGUACAGAUUUAUCAGAUGAAUGCCUUUGUAAUUCGAACCGAAAUAACGUCGAGUUGAUGAAAUUGUGCAAUUCGAUUUGUUAUCAUUCUAACAAAUGUGGUGAUCUUAACAACUGCCGAGCCGGAGAGUUGUAUUGUGAUACGAGCAAAAAAUGUUUGAGCCUUUCAAAGGUGUGUGAUGGUGUUGUGGACUGUCCAAUAUCAGCGAUUGACGAGAAACCAUGCAUUCAGCCUGACAAGGAUGUUGUUGCAAUACGGAACACGACUGAUUUUGAUUGUUGGAAAGUUUCAGAUAUUAUUUUGGAAAUAGCACAAACUACAAAUCUUAUGGAAUUUUUCAACAAUAUAUAUUCAACGCGCGGUAAAAAGUGUGACGGUGUAAUCGACUGUGCUCGCUUCGAAGAUGAAUGCAAUGCGGAAUGUUAUCUGCCAGAAUGCGAUAAAUUCAAACUGCUAGAAAUAACGUUGAAUGAAUUUAUUUUUGGAGGAGUAGUAGAAAAAGUCCGAGCAUGCAGUGAUUAUGUGACGGAAUUUGGUUACGAUUAUACAAAUUUUGUCCUCGGACAAUCAAUAUGCAAUGGAAUCAAAGAUUGUACAGACGGUGCCGAUGAACAGAAUUGCACAGAUUUUUUUAAAUGCAACGCUGGUACAGUAGAAUCACCACUGGGCACAAGACAGCGCGUUGCCGUAGAAAAAGACAAAGUAUGUGAUUUACAAUCAGACUGCCUGGAUCAAUCGGAUGAAAAAGACUGCAAUGAUUCGACUCAUUUUUAUUGCAAAAGCGGAAGCCCUCUCUUUGUUCCAUUCUCAUCAGUAAUGAACGGCAAACAAGACUGCGAAGACAACACCGACGAAUGUCCAGACAACUGGAAUGACCUAAACCCGUUAUCUUCGCCAGAAGAAAUGAUUAGACUUUCGUUUCUCCGUUAUUUCAUCUGGUUUAUGUCAUGUAUCGCAAUUCUAGGAAACCUCGCCGUUAUUAUAGAAACUUGUUACUCUGAAUUUGGCUCACAGUCUAGUGCGCAAAGCCCAAUGAGUCGAUGUAACAGAAUACUGAUAAUAAACCUGGCGAUAUCUGAUUUCCUCAUGGGGGUCACCUUGCUUAUAAUUGGAAUUAAGUCAGCUUCAAUGUCCGGAGAAUACUGUUUAAAGGACAAACAAUGGAGAAUCAGUGGUUCUUGUAACGCAAUCGGAGUUAUGACAGUAUUAUCCAGUGAAACAUCCGUGUUUUCUCUGGUUGUCUUGACCAUGUAUCGCUUUUAUGGGAUUCAUCGACCGUUUCAAAGCAGGAAUGUAAAACCAAAAUGGGCUAUUGUUGCAGUGAUUAUAACGUGGACUUUGUCCUUUAUUCUAGCUGCGUUGCCUCUGAUUCCUUCAAUUAAUCAAACUAUGGUACCAGAAGCACUCACACAGCCAUCAAUGUACUUGGAAAACACUGUUGUAUCAUGGGAUGACUACAGAAUGUUUGCAGAACGAAUUGCUGUUCUUGGACGCCGUGUAAAUAAAAUAUCAACAAACUUUGAAACUUGGAAGAAUGCACGUAAUAUGUUGGAAAGUAUUUACAAGGACUUCGCUCCGAGUGUACUCGGUUACUUCGGCUUCUACAGCGCCGAUGGAGUCUGUAUUCCAAGAUUAUUCAGAAUAAGCGGAAGACCGUCUCUCCACGCGUUGUCUUUGUUUAUAAUAGGUCUGAAUUUUUGUAUCCUGCUGUUUAUCAUCAUUGCUUAUUGUAAAAUAUACCAUAAGUCAACGCAUAGAAAAGUCAAGGGCAGUGCAACAAAGCACGAUAACCGGAGUAGAGUAAUGCAGAGAAAAAUCACAAUUCUAAUUGCGACGGAUCUGUGCUGUUGGCUUCCGAUUUGCGUCAUGUCUAUAGCAAGUCAAGUUGGAACGAACUUCUCGGGAGACGCAUAUGCCGUUGCUGCGAUUCUUCUGUUACCAAUCAACAGUUCACUAAAUCCUAUUAUAUACUCAAGUGGUUUUGCCGUUGCCCGAGAAGCUCUUUCUCACAAAACUGUAGCAAUUCAAGCUUCUAUCAGACGCCGUAUAACGUGAAAGCCUGAUCCGGAAUUCGAGCAAAAUAACAUCACAAUGCAUGAUAGUGGGAAAACAGGCGUGCAAACGCUGUCUCCAACAUCAGUACUCAAUUCGUAGACGCCAUCCAACCCAACGUCUCUACAGUUAGAGGACACGAAAAGAACUCAAUAAAUUGAUUGAUUUGCUAAGUUAUCGGAAUCAUUGGACACGUAGUGGAUAUAACGAUCGU